CUGAAAGUUCAAAUGUAUCCUGUUGAACUCCUUCAUGAAUGACGGAUGCAAAGGACAAAUAUCUUCUUCCGUUGAGAUCGCAAGGACACGGGGCAUUUCUCAAAUGGAAAGAGGAGAUUCAGAGGGAAUUCUGUAGGAUUGACAUGAGGGUUUGUGUGAAUUAAAUCAAACCGUAUAUUGUCUGUUCUCCUGCUCGUUUUGUUUUAUCCACAAUAAAUAAAAAUUUCAAUCUCUAUAGUAUUUUCGAUCUUUUGGAAUGAUGUGAAACAGAUGGUCGCCCAAUUUUAGGCCACCAAACUGUUUUUCAAACUUUCCACUUUUGUAGGUGAAGGAAGAAGAAUCACAAACCGAGGUUUGAAAGAACACAGGACGGAUAAAGGAAAUACGCUAACGUCUGUCUGUUGGAAACUCCGUUCGCCUCUACCUGCCCAAUCGUACGGGAAUAUUGAGCCUCCAGAGGAGAAGACUUGUGCCCUCGACAUCAUACUAUACAUCAUCAUCGUACAUCUUGAAACUCGAAGCGCUGCUUGGCAGAGCAUUUGGGUCUGGGUCAUAAAGGGCACAGACCUCCUGAAUCCGAAUGAGGCCCUUCGGAAGGUCCCAACACCAGCCCCGAUAAGUGAGUGAGUGAGUGAGUAAGUGAGGUGAAGGUGGCAGUUAAGGAAGCGGCUCGUGCGCGCCGGCGCGACUUUUUCGUCUCGAAGGCAUGAGGACCGUGAUGAGUUCGGAGCUUUGGGGUUCCUUGCCGCAACAUCUGGUGGAAAUGGUGUUGAUGAGAGUGCCGUUUCUGGAAGCCAUCCAUCUUCGCUGUGUGUGCAAGAAGUGGAACGAGUACAUCGUGAACAUUUCCCGCGUUACAUGUCCUCCGGCCCUAUUCGUGCGGAUUCAAAUGCUCUGGUUUAUCAAAUUUGGGGCUCCCAAAGAGAAGAUGUGACCGCCUCUCGAGUUGAUAACGGGAGCAGUGCUUUUCCGAAAGUAUGGCUCACCGGCUCGGGAUCUCGAUGGUCAUUCGAUCCUGGGCACUGACUACCACCCCAACCGUGUUCUUUCUUUCCGGAUCAGAUGGCUGCGAGGUGAUAUGUGUGCAGGAAAUGCCAUAAAGGCUCAUAAAGCGGCUUGUAAAGCCACGUGUAUUUGUGCACACUGCACAAUUUUCCACCUUCUCCACGGCGCAAUCUAAGCCGAGACUAAUCGUUGCUCCCGAUUGGAGUCAACUGGCAUUCUGUGGAGGCAGGCACCUGUUCUCCGUGAAACUCAGUACUUUUUUGCCUGAAAUGGAGACGGCCAUAAAUCUGAAUGAAAGAAAAUUGAGGG